GCUAAGAGACGGGGCUUCCACAAGCCAAACAGAUGUUCUCCGGCUUCUUUUCCUCCCGUUCACAGCUCCAGCAGCUCCGAAUCCCGCCACCAUGUCAGACGCAGAAACCGAAGGCCUGCGAAGCACCUUUCCCUCUUACAUGACGGAGGGCGAGCGGCUCUAUCUGUGCGGGGAGUUCGCUAAGGCCGCUCAGUGCUUCAGUAACGCUCUCCACCUUCAGAAUGGAGAUAAGAAUUGCCUGGUUGCCCGCUCCAAGUGCUUCCUGAAGAUGGGAGAAUUGGAGAAUUCCCUGAAGGAUGCUGAGGCUUCACUCCAGGGUGACCCGACUUUCUGCAAGGGGAUUUUACAAAAGGCUGAGACCUUGUACACCAUGGGAGACUUCGAGUUUGCUUUGGUGUUCUACCAUCGAGGCUACAAACUACGGCCUGAUCGGGAAUUCAAAGUUGGAAUUCAGAAAGCCCAGGAAGCCAUCAACAACUCAGUGGGAAGUCCAUCUUCGGUUAAACUAGAGAACAAAGGGGACCUCUCCUUUUUAAGCAAGCAAGCUGAGAGCAUGAAAGCCCAGCAGAAACCUCAUCUCAUCAUGAGACGCCACUUACAACAACCCAAGAGAGAGUACAAACGAAAGGGCUCCCUCAAGAGUGACAAGAUUGUCCGCCAGCUCCUGGGGGAGCUCUACGUGGACAAGGAGUAUCUGGAGAAGCUCCUGUUGGAUGAAGACCUGAUCAAGGGCACCAUUAAGCAUGGCCUGACCGUGGAGGACCUCAUCAUGACUGGCAUCAACUACCUGGACACCCGCAGUAACUUCUGGAGACAGCAGAAGCCUAUCUACGCCAGGGAGCGGGACCGGAAGCUGAUGCAAGAGAAAUGGCUGCGGGACCGCAAACGCCGUCCCUCACAGACUGCUCGCUACAUCCUCAAGAGCCUGGAGGAGAUUGACAUGUUGUUGACCAGCGGCAGUGCUGAUGGGAGCCUCCAGAAAGCUGAGAAAGUACUAAAGAAGGUGCUGGAAUGGAACAAGGAGGAAGUGCCCAACAAGGAUGAACUGGUUGGAAACUUGUACAGCUGCAUAGGGAAUGCCCAGAUCGAGCUGGGGCAGAUGGUGGCCGCCCUGCAGAGCCACCGAAAGGACCUAGAGAUCGCCAAGGAAUAUGACCUUCCUGAUGCCAAGUCGAGAGCCCUUGACAAUAUUGGCAGGGUUUUUGCCAGAGUUGGGAAAUUCCAGCAAGCCAUUGACACGUGGGAGGAAAAGAUUCCUCUGGCAAAAACCACCCUGGAGAAGACCUGGCUGUUCCAUGAGAUUGGCCGCUGCUACUUGGAGUUAGACCAGGCCUGGCAGGCCCAGAGCUAUGGAGAGAGGUCCCAGCAGUGUGCCGAGGAAGAAGGGGACAUUGAGUGGCAGCUAAAUGCCAGCGUCCUGGUGGCACAGGCACAAGUGAAGCUGAACGACUUUGAGUCAGCCGUGAACAACUUCGAAAAGGCUCUGGAACGAGCGAAGCUGGUCCACAACAAUGAGGCGCAGAAGGCCAUCCUGAGUGCUCUGGAUGAUGCCAACAAGGGCAUUGUUGAAGUGCUGAAGAAAACCAACUAUAGGGAUCUUCUCGAAGGGAAGAAAGAGAAAGAAGAGGCACCUGUACCGAGUAGGCCAAAAGCCACAAGGGAGAAGGGCGCCCUGAGGAGGAGGCAGGAAACCGAGAAGAUGGUGAAGCGGUGGGAGCGAGAGCUCGGGGAGAGCGAGAGGGACACCCAGGACGAGGGCCAGGAGGCCGAGGAAGACCCCCGCGCCGCAGAGAAGGACGCGCGGGAGCACAGGCCGAGGGGCGAGGCCGCCAGAGCCGGCUCCCCCGCGACAAGGGAUCCCGGGGAGGGGGGGCCAGAGUCAGGGGAGGCUGCUGAGGCAGUGUCGGGAGAACUGGGCGCCAGAAGCUCCGAAGAAGUAGAUGAGCAAUUACCCGAAGUGGGCAGGACAGAGUCAAGAGAAAUUUAUAGGAGGGAUUCACUGCUGGAUCAAAACCUCUCAGAUUCAAGCACAGGGGACCCGGAAGAACUACAGGAGGCACCUCUAGAAACCAGCAGGAGUGAGCUAGAGGGGCUGGGGAAAAGGGAAUCCCCAGAAAUGCAAACAGCAGGUCAGGCCGAGAGAGGGGAAACCAGUGACAGGGAGGCCGACUGAAGACAGUCGCGUGGGGGUCGGGAGGCUGGUGCCGGAAGGGGCCACACAGAUCUCUGUAAACUGGACUUCCAAGCUGAGAUUUAUCUUUAAUAGGAAAAACUGGGGGCUGGGUCCCGCAGGUCACCUUUGCUGCUCGCUGUUACUGCUUUCACUUUAAAUACAUAUUUUCACUCUUAUCAACCCCAAGUCUGUCAUUUUGCCUCCUCACCUGCACCCAUUC